GCGGCGGCGGCUCUCUUCACCAUCACCGCCGCCGCCCCCAAGCACCUACUCCGACGCACCUCGAAGACGUCGGCAAAGGAUGUCAGCAGCAAGAGGUGAAAAAGACGCAGACGAAGGAGAAGAAGAGAAAGAAGAAAGCAACAGUGUCCGAUCAGAGGAUGAGUCGGUUGAUGCGUUGGUCGUUCCAACGACGGCAUCAAUUACGCGUCGGUCACGCAUUUGGAUCCCGGUUUGGACGUUGUGCUUGCUGGCUCUGAUGCUGCUGGAUCUCGUCUCGGGCUCAGUGCCGUGCCCCAAAGAAGGCUGUCUCUGCGUCGCCAAGCAGGUCACGUGCAGUGGAGCGGGUUUGACCGAAUUCCCGAAGAACAUUUUUGUCGAUGUUGAAUCUCUCUCGUUUGUGCGCAACAAAAUCAAGAGGAUCCCUCAAAAUUAUUUCAAGCAAUUCAAGAAACUCAAGCGAUUGUACUUGGAUAAAAAUGUGAUUUCUGAGGUCCCAGCUCACUUCCUUGAGGGUCUGCCAUCCGGCAUGGACGCCAUCUCCCUGCAAGACAACAAACUACGCUUCCUGGCUCCGUUCAGCUUCGGCGGGAUCCGCGAUGUGGGCGACAUCUCGUUACAGAAAAAUGAGCUCCGCGCCAUCAAAGAGUUCGCCUUCGCCGGUACGACGCACGUCAACAUGCUGAUGCUCGGCGGGAACCCGAUGCAGCGCAUCGACGGAUGGGCUUUCUCGGGUCUCACUGACGUCAACUUCCUAGAGUUACCACGUGGGAUCGGCGCCCUGGCACCGGACGCCUUUCACGGGCUUCACCGUGUCGGCUUCAUGCCACUCGCUGGUCUCAACCUAACCGAGCUGAGAGCCAAUGUGUUCCGCGAGCUGAGGAAUGUGUCGGUGUUGAGCUUGGUGGACUCGUCCGUGGGCAACGUUGCGGUGGGAUCGUUGGACGGCGUGCGAGGCGUACAGAACCUGGACGUGUUUAACAACACGUUCCUCACAUUUGAAGAGUUGCGCAUCGGGGUUGAGAGCGAGGUGCAGGCCCUGAAGGUCGAGGGCAAUUCCUUCAAGGGCAUUGGGGUCCCAGGACUGAUUCAUUUUCGAGCUUCCAGGUCCCUGUCGGUGUCGGGCAACACCUUUCCCUGCGAUUGCAGGAUCCAUAGGAUUUUGAAAGAACCUCCCGAGGGUUUCGCCGACACCAACUACUGCAACGCACCCGUCGAAGUGGCAGGGAUGACGAUCAAACUAGCCUUGAACGUCACGGGGGUCGAACGAUGCCCCGAAGACCUGGUAUCCGAACCCACUUCGUCAUCUAGUCAAUACAAGGCCUCCGCAGGAGACCGGAACUUCUUGCCUCGACUCACCCUUACCUACUUUUUGCUCGGAUUCCUGUUCAUCACACAAGAAAAUGUUUUGAUUUUUGAAUAAUAAUGGAUUGACAAAGAUGUGGAUGACAUCAAGUCGAAUGUUAUGUUCAAUUUCGCCAAACUGUUUUGAGACUGUCUGUUCGAGAUUGUAAAACAGCGAUGACUCCCGGUGUUCGAAAAGAAUCCGUUUUUAAAGCUAAGGCAGAUGUGAUAGUUGACAACUUGAAUGUGUGAAGACUUGACAAAAAUAAUCCUUUUUUUUGCGAGGUUAUGCGGCAAAGUUUAGUCCGAAAUAUCGUGCUUCGACUUGAAUUUUUGCUGACGUGGAUGACGACGAGAUUCCUUUAUUCGUUUAACAAGACUCGGUGCCAUUUUUUGCUUUUGCGAAACAGGAAAAAUAAACGGCUUGCUAUGGAGGAAA